AUUGAACGCUGGAGACAUCUUAUAUGAAGAGCACUUGAUACCAAAAGAUUUUAGGUUGUGUAAACCUAUGAUAAAACCUAUUACAUGGCAGAUUCCGAAGAAUUCUCUCAAGCUUAAUAUAGAUGCGAGCUACUUAUCUUAUCACGCGGCUGGGGGCGCUAUUUUGAGAGAUCGCGAAGGAAAACUAAUUAUUGCUUCCUCAUUUCUGGUCUCGGCUUCGUCUUCAUUUGAAGCUGAGCUUGCAGCUGUCCUUCACGCUACUUCUUGGGUGAUAUCCCUUGGAUUUCGUGGCUUCCAGGUUGAAUUUGACUCCAUGGAGGUGUUCGAACAGUUGCAGCGAAGAAGGGUUGGAAGGAGAAGAGAUGAGAUUAAUCGAUUGUUGGAUUUGUCUGAAGCGAGUGAU